UUAUAUUUAAUGAUUGUGAAACUAGACAAAAAUGUCGGGGUUCCACACAUUGGAGUCCAACAGUUCAGUCCAUGCUAAUGAGACUGGACUGACAGCAACUCAUGUUCUGAAGAUUAUGGGACGUAUGCUUUAUAUUAUGGACCCUAAGGAGAAUGCAUUCAAGGAUAUGGAUAGUAUUCCGGAACAGACCUAUAUUCAGCAAACUCUUCCCUACUUCUUCACAAUGAUAAUACUUGAAUGGAUUGUACUUAUACUCAAGGGUAAGACUCCCAGACUAAGUGACGGAAUGAUGAAUGUUGCCCAUGGUCUUAUCAUGUCACUUACAGAUGUGUUUACUUCCGGUUUUCUAUUCGGAGUCUACCUUUUCAUUCAUAGAAACUUCUGUAUUUAUGAACUGCCCUGGGAUUCGACAUUUACAUGGAUUGUUGCAGCAAUAGGAGUUGAUUUUGGAUACUAUUGGGUUCAUAGAGCAGCUCAUGAGAUAAACUUGCUCUGGGCAGCUCAUCAGGUUCACCAUUCAUCUGAGGACUAUAACCUGUCCACAGCACUUAGACAGUCAGUGUUUCAAGCAUUCGGCAGCUGGCCGUUCUAUCUUCCCCUGGCUUUCUUUAUACCUCCUCAACACGUUGUAGUUCAUCACGAGUUUAAUCUGCUAUAUCAGUUCUGGAUUCAUACCGAGGUUGUGAAAAAUAUAGGAUUCUUGGAGAAUAUACUUAACACUGCUAGUCAUCAUAGGGUUCAUCAUGGUGCAAACAGAUACUGUCUGGACAAAAACUACGCUGGUGUUCUAAUUAUUUGGGACAGAAUGUUUGGAACUUUUGAAUGGGAAAGAAGUGACAUCAAGAUAGUUUAUGGAUUAGUGGAUCAGCCACAGUUCUUUAAUCCUAUCAGCCAUCAGUUAUUCUACUAUGGAAAAGUUUUGGAGAAAGCGAGAUCUAUGGAUAAUUGGAUGGAUUUCUUUUUUGCUUUUGUGAAGGGCCCAGGCUGGUUUCCAGGAACAGAAAGGUUGGGAGAUAUCACCUUCGUACCAGAGGAACCAGUCCGUGAUGUUUAUGCUCCCAAGAUAUCCCCUCUCCUUCAUGUUUACACAGUUCUACACUUCAUUAUCAGCAUCAUCGCCGCAGAUCUUGUUGUUAGGACUUUACAGGAUAUGGAACAGUGGACAUCUCUUCUAGUUAUUCUCUACAUUAUUGGUACCUUGACUUCAUUAGGUGUUCUUUACGACGGUACAAGAUGGGCUUGGAUAGCAGAACUAUCAAGGUGUAUGGUUAGUUUAGUUUAUCUGGAUGUUUUGGCUCAAUUUAUGAUCUUUCCACCCCAUACUCUUCAGCUGGCCUUCACAGGAUCUGCUAUCGUGGCUUCUGCUUGCUUGGCUUCUGAUCUAAUGGGAAAGAAGGAAAAAGCUGAAUAAUUGGAAGAGUGAUGAGAGACAAAUUAUUGAUUUAUCAAUUUUAAUUAAAUAAGUACUAGUUUGUGAUUAAAAAUAAAUAAAUAUAUAAGAUAAA